AUGCAGGCCACGAGACUGCUCUCCCAACGGGCGGCGUCCGUGGUGCGUUAUUAUAAAAUCGACAGCGGGCACAACCAUGGUGCGCUGCAACAACUCGCUCUCCAGAAUUUCAACAGGGCCCUGACGAGACCGGUCCCUCCUUUGCGAGCCGGCCGCGACCUUUUGAAGAGAAUCGGCAAGUGCCUUGCCUUCGGUUGCAACCCCCGGCAGACUGCCGACGCUGCCGUCCUCGUUCGCACCGUCGUGAACGACUGGGAUCGUAUCGAGAUGAUCAUAAGGAAUUGCGGCACGGAGGAGGGCCUUGUGUACAAGCAGACGCUACGGGCGGCCGACGAGACGAGCCUCGCCGCGUCCGAGCCGACCUGGAAGCUCUGGGGACAGCGUCAACAGCUGUCGCAAGUAGCUGUUCAGGCCGUUACGCACUUACUGAACCACGCCAUCGCCACGGCCGCCCCCGCCCACAAGUCGAUAUGGCACGCGCUUCGAUCUGGGGACACGAACAGUUCUCCAGGGGGGCUGGCUUUUACCCAUGCCGAUUUCAACUUUGGACAUGUUCGCCUCCCCCUUGACAUCAUCACCGCCAGCAGAGCGGAAUUGGGAAGCCACAGCGCUUACACUCGGCUCAGGUCCUUCAAGGUCUUCAGAAAUCGCGCCUGUCUAUCUUUCGGGGUUUUCAUACGCUCAAACAUACACAUGGCCGUGGUAGCAGACGGCGUUAUCCAUGCGACGACCAACUUCAACGGUGCAACGCCUGAUGCAAUAGCAAGUCUCGAGGAGGAACUGGAUCGGGUGGCAGGGUUUCAACGCGAUCCAGCUACGCACAAUGAGGCGAGACGACGACAUGCCUACAUCUUGCAAGCCAUUCAGAAACUGGAAGACGAGACUUGGAACAGGAAUGACGCUGUAGAGUAUUUCGGUUCCGCCUCUCCCGCCUAA